CCUGCAUGCAAGCCCUGCGUCUCUGGACUCUGCUUGCCACCUAUGCUGUUGCAGUAGGACAAAAUCAAGGACAGAAGAAUCAGGAGUGCCCUAAGCUCAACACACAGGACUGGGGGAUUUCCAAAGCUGCGUGAAUCCAUUACGGUUCAUUCAUCAAGGCUUUAUCAGAUGCCAUACCUAUAAUGAAGAUGUGGUUUUGCCUGUGAAAGUGCCUGUGAGACUGAAAUUGCCUGAGUUAUACUUGCUGCAGAAGACUCAUGUUUUUCACCCUUAAAAUAAAAUCCUCUUCAACUGACUUCAAUUCUUAUAUGCCAGAGUUUCAGAAGAAGACUGUCCAUAUUAAGGACCCAGGGAGAGUAGAGGAGAUUAUCUGUGGCCUCAUCAAAGGUGGAGCUGCCAAACUUCAGAUUAUUACAGAUUUUGAUAUGACAUUAAGUAGAUUUUCCUACAAUGGAAAAAGAUGUCCAACUUGCCAUAACAUCAUUGAUAACUCUAAGCUCAUCACAGAAGAAUGUCGGAAAAAGUUAUUGCAGCUGAAAGAAACCUAUUACGCCAUUGAAAUUGAUCCAGCUCUCACUAUUGAAGAAAAAUAUCCAUAUAUGGUAGAAUGGUACAAUAAAUCUCAUGCGCUUCUCAUUGAACAAGGCUUACAAAAGGAUAAGUUUGCAGAAGUUGUGAGGGAAUCUGAUGUUAUGCUGAAAGAAGGAUAUGAGAACUUCUUUGAUAAGCUCAGUGAACAUAAUAUUCCUGUGUUCAUAUUUUCUGCUGGGAUUGGGGACAUUCUUGAGGAAGUUAUCCACCAGGCUGGAGUCUACCAUCCUAAUGUCAAAGUGGUUUCCAAUUUCAUGGAUUUUGAUGAAAAUGGGGUAUUAAAAGGAUUUAAAGGAGAAUUGAUUCAUGUUUACAACAAACAUGAUGGUGCCUUGAAGAAUACAGAGUACUUCAAGCAACUAAAAGACAACAGUAACAUCAUACUGCUGGGUGAUUCUCAAGGAGACUUGAGUAUGGCAGAUGGAGUAGCAAACGUUGAACACAUCCUUAAGAUUGGUUAUCUCAACGAUAAAGUAGAUGAGCUUUUGGAAAAAUAUAUGGACUCUUACGAUAUUGUCUUGGUGAAAGAUGAAUCCCUGGAAGUUGCCAACUCCAUCCUACAGAAAAUCCUGUAAACUGCAGUCUCAAGUUACUCCAUUCCUUCCAGGAGGCAACUGGACAGAAGAGCAGCACAUUGGUGCUGUCUUAGCUCACUCAUUUACAGAACUGUUUAAUUUAAUUUAAACCUUUUAUCUUCAUUUUGGUAUUUUGAAAUACGUAUGGCAUCCAUCGUCAACUAGAAGCUCCCUUUACUGCUCUUAUGCUGUUGUUUGUUGUCUCACACUCCUGUUAUAACUAGAUUUAAAUUGGAUUUAUAGAUGUGAUAAAGCGCUCCUGAUGGGAUAAUAUGGUGCAAUGUCGUUUAAUCAGGCAUUUCAGAGGAGCAUUUUAGAAACUGUGGCUAUUUUGUACUAUUGAAGAUGUGAACGUUCUGUGACUGAGCAGCGUGCACAUUUGUGUUUUCUUCUUUCAAAGAAGAGAUUUUGGUCUCAGCUGCACUUCGAAAGAUCUUACUCAUAUGCUACAGACUUUCACACAAGUCUUUUCUACAUAUAUUUUUCAUCAGUAAAAAUGCUUUAUUCACCCAA